AUGGAGGUCCCGAAUGACUGGCAGAUCCAACAAGCACAUGUUGCCUGGGAUGAUCUCGCUAAUCAAAGCAACCAACAACCUCAAAAUAGCACUCAAACCGCUCAGCAAAGCGAGCCACAACCGCAGUCUCAGCCUCAAUGUACUCAUCAUCAUCUUGAUAUAGAUGCUCACAUGGCAUCACCCGCACCAGCCCCUCUAUCAAGCUGGACGGGUCCUUACUUCAACAAAGCAAACAAUUUCUAUGGUGACCAUGUGAAAAAUCUCUUGCCAGAAAAGGGUGUCGAACAGACUCGGCUGUUUGAACUCUAUCGACUGCAUAUGGUGUCCUUCGAACUCAAUCAGGGGGACACUCUUGUGUUUAUCGACUAUCCUGUCCAUCACAAAGGCGUUCUCGACUAUACCGACUGCAAUGGCAUAGUCUAUAAGUCACAGAAGUUUCGAGUUCACUCGAGCAAGUUGCUUGAGACUGGUUCUCCCAAAUUCGCUGAACUCCUUGGCCCUACAUACCAAUUCAAAAUCCAACGCCGUCGUAAGAUGGUCAACAAACUACCCGACGGUAUCAAGUAUUUGCUUGAUCUGACUCCACCCUCGGAAGGAGAUGAGUUGGUGCUCCAGAUGACCGAGCUGUCUUUAACUCCUGGGAUCAUAAAAUGGUGGAGCUCACAUAUUCUUAAUGGCGUCGAUUCAUUCUUGGUUUGUGGCCAUGAUGAUAUUUGUAAGUGCAACAGACAGCCGAAAGGCGCAGAAAACAACAAAGAUGCCGAUGUAGAUGCCGAUGUAAAUGAGCAUGACAGCGCAACACCCACCCAGGGGAACGCAACUACCGGCUACAGGCUUAAACCACUGAAGCUUGAUCCAGAGCGUGCUCUGCAGCUGAAAGCCAAGAAUGAAGAUGCGUACGAGACACCUCUAUAUCGGCACAUUCCAGAUUAUUGCCCGAUUCGCCACCGAAAUGGCAUCGUGAGGUUGCUCAUGUUGAUCGAAGGCAAAGGAUGUAUCCUAGAUUCGGCUCCCAGAUUGUUCACCAUCUUGAAGUUGAGUUGCCUCUUCGAAUGCAGCUCCAUGCUUACCGAUCGUGUUACCCAAUGGAUAAUGCACGGCCAAAACACUGCUUUUAUCGAGGUCUUGCCCGAAGAAGCCUUGCAGAUUGGGUCUCUGCUCAAGAUUCCUCCUGUAAUGGACUCUGCUUUCAGGAUCCUCGUCAACGAGCUCGCCCUCAAACUGGCUGACACCAACCCAGCGAACCAUAAUGUCCACAGCCAAACGACGGUGUUUGGGAGACGACUGGGUCAACUUCCCGAUGAACUCAGCAACAUUGUGCAGCAUGGGGCACAAGCACUCGUCGAUAGAGUAUCAGAAAUCAACACGACCUAUAGGAACCCAAGCUUGUUCGCUUCAUGGGACAUCGAUGAAUGGUCCAAGCUGCAAGUGACCGAGCAGCUCCUCGAACAGGAAAACACACCACUUAGUCAAACUGCUUUGGAAAAGCUUCGUCUUCUCAUGAGUGCCCUGACUUACGAAUUUACCCACGCAUGGGAAGAGGCGAUAGACUCAGCACCAGUGGAUAGUUAUUCAACAUACAACGGGAUAGACCGAGACCGCCUGACAUACGUGGAACCCAAGGAUUUCGACAAUAUGACUUUCAUAAUGAUGUUGUUUAAUCCAAUUCAGAUGCUACUCUGUGCUGUGCCCUACAAUGACCUCGGUGUUGAACUGGAUAAUGAAAGAUGGAAUCACAGCAGGUGCAAACUGGAUGGAUACAAGCAUAAAUCAUACAGCGAUCUUAUGCAAGAGGCAACAACUGCCCUCGACGACUUUCUCGCAUGCACGCCGAGGCUAUCCAACAAUCUGUUAUGGAGCCGUAUUCUUGCACUAGGAGACCGCGAAUUCCCAGAAAUGGGUAUGCGUCCCUCACGCAGGCCUAUCGUAUCACUGGAUACCCUUGAAGCUGCCGUGAAAGAUCGGCUGAGGCCGCUGACUCUGUCGUGGAGACGAGAAAAUUUCUGGCCUCCUCUCAACCUGACCCGCCAUUUACUCCUCACUCUCACCGAAAACGAACUCAAAUACCUUCCUCUGUGGUGUGGAGGUAAUGAUGACGGAAGCGGAGGCGUGUUUGGGGAUGCAAUUCCCUCAGCAGACUUGCUGGUGGCACCUAAUGGCCCUGGACCUGGUUUCCAUACAGGUUACACAAUUUCAACCCCUUCGAGUGUCUGUGGUUCCAUCAUCGAGGACAUGGAUGCGCUACGAUUCUGGGGUAGUACGUCUGCUGCUUCGAUGGCCCAAGACAGACCCACCGCGUUGGAGUCUUCUUUUACCCUUGGCGAGUCUGAUGUUGAGUUCACCAACGCCAGAUACGCCAUGCCUGCGGACCAUCAGACAAUGGGCGAAGCGGUCAACAUGACAGUCGAGACAACCGACUCCGAUUCAACAUCCGUAAUCGAAGCCUUGAGUUCAAAAAGAGAGGACAGUGAUGAUGAUGCCUGCAUGUGGGACUCUGAUGAUAGUGAUGAUACGAUUGCCUAA